CUGCGGGGAGCGAUGUCCGAGUGCGCGGCUGAGAGGGGGAGGAUGGCGGGGCUGCUGCUCCUCUGCGCGGCCUCGGCGCUGCUGCUGGAGGCCGUGGGGGCCAUCCCGCCGCCCGAGGAAGGGGCGCGCAUGGCUCGCUUCGUCUUGCACAGCUGCGACUGGGGCGCGCUGGCCACGCUGUCGGCGCAGGAGGGGCUGCGCGGCCACCCCUUCGCCAACAUCUUCUCCAUCAGCGACGGGCCUCCCGGGCCCUUCGGCGGCAGCGGCGUCCCCUACCUGUACCUGACGGACAUGGAGAUCUCCGUGCAGGACCUGGAGGUCAAUUCAAAUGCCUCCCUAACUGUGUCUUUGGCACAGACUCCUUACUGCAGGAGGCACAGAUAUGAUCCCCAGAAUCCCCUCUGUGCCCACAUAAUCUUCGUUGGGAGCAUUGUGAAGGUGAAUGAUUCAGAAGCAGUCUUGGCAAAAAAAGCAUUAUUCAGUCGCCACCCUGAGAUGGAAAGUUGGCCUAAGGAUCAUGAUUGGUUCUUUGCCAAAUUCAACAUCACCAAUAUCUGGGUCCUCGACUACUUUGGUGGAUUGAAAAUUGUGACACCAGAAGAAUAUUACAGUGUCAAACCUUAG